UAAUGGAAUUCUCUGACUCUACACGCAAGAGAAAAACGUACAGGAUAAAUGUUGAACGCUGGAGAGAAAGGAAGCCUUCCAAGAAAGGCAUCUAUGUGUCGCCAAUAAAGAAAGGUUUCCCAUUCCAGAAAACCAAAGUGGCUGCAGUCAAAGGAGGCAAAAGGGCUUUAAAGGGACCAAAGACAGUGACGGACACCAGCUCGACUGGACCCAUGUCAGAUAAGAAACCUUUAAGGAACACUGACAUCCCUAACAAACCUGGGAGUACAACAAGGUCUGUAAAUAAGAACUAUGGACCAUGCUGGCAAGGAGCAGACCCCUCCCAAAAAAAAUCAGCAGUUAGACUACAAAGGCCUCCACAGGUCACAAAACGUAGCAAAAUGACUGCUGUUCUCCAUCCGCACCACUGGCUUGGCUGUGAUGAAAUAGAUUUCGCAUCAUACUUGCUUGCAAGCGAGUACCCUCACAUUCAUGGCUUUCAGUCAAGUGUUUUAUUUAGUGUUUUACAUGAUGGAGGGAUUGUGGGUACUCCAAGCAGCCCAUUUGUACAAAUUUUACACACUGGGGGCAACCACUGGGUAACUGCUAGCAACCUGUUUUGCAGGGACAAUCAGGUUUGCAUUUAUGACAGUCUUUCGACAAUGCUGAACAACAAAGACAAACAAAUUUUGUCAUGGUUACUUAGGCCAAUGGAAGACCAAUUUACAAUUAUUCUUCCUGCUGUCCAACAUCAGUCAAAUUCUAGCAACUGUGGUUUGUUUGCAUUUGCAUUUGCAUUGUGCUGCAACCUUAGGCCAGAAAACUGCUAGUUCCGCGAGGGCCGGUUGAGGACAGAACUUCUAACUUCCUUCAGGAAAGGUCAAAUACAUUUUAAAACAGAGCCAAGAGUUAGCGUUGCAAAUUGAGGACAAACACAUGUGAAUGUGUACUGCAUAUGCAGGACUGCACACUGCAGGGAAGUAAUGGUUGAAUGUUCUUCGUGCAAGGGCUGGUAUCAUCCUAACUGUGUGAAGAUACCCCAAAAUGCCAUUACUGGGGAUGAUGACUGGAAAUGCCACAAUUGUACUGGCUAAAUCUAAAAAAAAACGUGUAUUCCUAAAUCC